AUGGGUGAUACAGAGAAGUGUAGCACAGAUAUGAUCCAGAGACUCCAUUCAUCUUUCGGGACGACAUCAUCGUCUUCUUCGAUUCCGAAACAUACCAUUUCCAUGAAUCAGCAGCUCGACAUCCCUCAAUUAAACCCCAAUUUCAUCCGCUCCCCUCAAUUUCCCCAAUUCUCGCAGCCCUUCACUGACACUGGCAAACGAAUCGGCGUCCCUCCGUCGCACCCCAACUUGAUCCCACCGACUUCCCCCUACUCUCAGAUCCCGACGACCCGACCCGGCUCGCAGAGUCACUCACGCUCAAUGUCACAGCCUUCCUCUUUCUUCUCCUUCGACUCCUUACCUCCCUUAAGCCCUUCUCCGUUUCGCGAUCACGAUGUCUCCAUGGAGGACAGAGACUCCGGCGGGUUCAACAGCAAUCCGUCGCCGUUCACGAGGUGCAAUUCGACCACUUCUAGCUCAUUAAGAGCCGUCGGUGAGAGUCUGCCUCCGAGGAAGUCCCAUAGACGAUCCAACAGUGAUAUCCCGAGCGGGUUUAAUUCGAUGCCUCCGAGACCGUUGGAGAGGUCCAUCUCCGGCGGGGAUCGUUCGAGCAAUCCUUUCGUGAAGAAGGAAUCGUCGAGCAGCAGCGAGAGAGAAGGCGUUGGGGAGAGAGAAUCCGCCAUGGAUGAUCUCUUCUCAGCGUAUAUGAAUCUCGAAAACAUUGAUGUGUUGAACUCCUCGGAAGCUGACGAUAGCAAGAACGGUAACGGUAACGAGAACCGGGACGACAUGGAGAGCAGCAGAGCAAGCGGCACCAAGACGAACGGAAGUGACACGGAAGGAGAGAGCAGCAGCGUGAACGAGAGUGGCAAUAAUAAUAGCUUCAAUUCUUCUGGGGAGAAGAAGAGAAGAGCCGGCGGAGGAGACAUUGCUCCUACGAGCAGACAUUUCAGGAGUGUUUCGGUGGACAGUUGUUUCAUGGAGAAGCUGUCUUUCGGCGACGAGUCGAUAUCGCUAAAGCCGCCUCCUUCUCCGGGAACUCUGUCGAGGAAAGUUUCGCCUAGCAAUUCGGUUGAUGGGAACUCGGGAGCUGCUUUUAGCAUCGAGUUUAAGAACGGAGAGUUUAGUGCAGCGGAGAUGAAGAAGAUCAUGGCUAAUGAUAAACUUGCAGAGAUGGCCAUGUCUGACCCUAAGCGUGUUAAAAGAAUCUUGGCGAACCGUCAAUCGGCAGCGCGGUCAAAGGAGAGGAAGAUGAGGUACAUAGUUGAAUUGGAACACAAAGUGCAGACUCUUCAGACAGAAGCUACUACAUUGUCUGCUCAGCUCACGCUUUUGCAGAGAGAUAUGAUGGGGUUGACAAACCAGAACAAUGAGCUCAAGUUUCGUCUUCAAGCAAUGGAGCAGCAAGCACGACUUCGUGAUGCUCUGAACGAAGCACUGAAUGGGGAAGUCCAGCGACUGAAAGUGGCAAUCGGCGAGGUCAGCCACAACGAAUCCGACAGAUCAAAGAUGCAAUCACUCAACGCCGACAUGUUCCAGCAACUCAACAUCAGCCAGUUAAGACAGCAGCCACACUCUCAGUGUCAGCAUAACCAGAAUGGAACCAUGACAACAAAACCUGAAUCAAAUGAAUAG